UUCGGUUUUACCCCUCUUUCAUUUUUGUUUGCAGCUGUUGCUCCUGUUUGAAAGGUGCUUUUUGGUGUUUUUGGUUGAGCUUUGGCCACGUUGCGUUUUGUAGGAAAGAUUCUGGAAGAGCAUUACACCUUUACUUCCACUUCCAGCAUCUUCCACUUUUUCAUUUCCUUUUCUUUUCUUCUCUCUGUUUUUCCGUCUCUCUUUGCGUUUCUCUGUGUGUGACUCGCUGUUUUUAUCGCGAUCCGAUCGUUUAGAAGGGUGGUUGGUCUGUUUUUUCCCGCUGUUUUCCGCGGAGGAAUCGCAACGAUUUGGGUGCGUUGGUUGCUGUGUGCCGUUAUUCUGUGCUUGGUUGGAAACGUUUAUCUUCCAACUUUAGGGUUUUGUUGUGGGAGUUUGCAAACCCUUUCUGGGCCAGUGUAGCCUUUGUCAAUCAAAUGCUUUGCUGAAACAUCCAAUAAGAAGAAUAAAAUAACUAUGAUUGCAGAGCCAUUGGAGAGAGGACUUGCUGAGGACAUUGAGAAUGUAUAUAAGCUACAGUGUUCGUUUCUGCAUUGCAGUGAGCGCUUAAAGGAAAAUGUGCUCUUAUGGGAUAUUCUAUGUUCAAGUAAUUAUACAAAUGAAGCACUGAGAUGAUUGUCAAUGAGGAAUACUAGACUAGCCAUUUUUGUAUAUCAAUGACAAGGCAUUUGACAAUGUCUUUUCUGUAAGUCAUAUAAACUUAGACAACUUUGUAAAAAUAUUUGCUCCAUUUUCUACAUGUUUAUCUUAGUCCUUGGUUAUUUAUAUGUUAAAAAUAUAGUCUAUAGUUAUAUUUUCGCUCCCGCAACAACGUGCGGGUAAAAUUUACUAGUCUUUUACCAAAACUUACGAUGUUUCCCUGAUGUGACAAUUCGCUUGAAUGUUGACAAGAGGAUCAUAAUGCAGAGGGGUCUCACUGGGUUUUACACAUACGCCAUAUUUGAGCGUCUAGAAGGGUGGCCACAAUUGCAUAUCGAUCAGAUUAGAAUUGCUUUCAAGCUUAGACAAGAUAAAUUUAAGUUCAUGGUUGUAUCAGACGACAUACAAAGGUUCAUGCCAACAGCCAAAGACCGUGGCAAAGGUUGGCAACUUGCUUAUAAAGAAGCUGUUCUUUUAACGAAUCCAAGCAAUCCUGAGUUUAGAGGAGAGGAGGAUGACAAGUACCAGUACUCAAGGGAGAACAAAGACAUUAAGGUUCAUGGUUGGAUUUGCAUGGAUCAUCACAUCCAGUGAUGAGUUUCUCACAGCGGGGCCAUUCAAGUAGGUACUUACAUCUCAUGUCGGCCCAACUGCCCUCUCUGAGUUUCACAGUGGUCACUACGUUGGGAGCGAAGUUGGGAUGAGCUUUGCCGAAGGGUUUUUGGGACAGUCUAUGUGCAUCUGAACUCAGACGUUCCAGGCUUGAAUCAGUUGAAUAUGUCCCUCUCGCUGUGGAAUAAUGCUAAUGGGCAGAUGCUUAAAGAAGUAAAUAGUUGGUCCGAAGACUUUCCUAGCUCCAAUGGACGUGGAUCAGUUGCCGGUCAACUACUAAUACGGGAUUCAUACAUUAACGAGGGCGUAUUUGGGGCUAGUUCUGCUUAUGUGGGAUUGGCUGCACCUGGAGACGUGGGAUCAUGGCAAAGGGAAUGCAAGGGCUAUCGGUUCUGGACUCGAGCCGACAAUCAAGGUAAUUUCCUCAAUAAAAAUGUUCGACCUGGGAACUAUAGUCUGUAUGCAACUGUUCUUGGAAUUAUUGGGGACUACAAAUAUGGGGCUAUCGUUACAAUAGAACCAACAAGUGAAAUAAAUUUGGGUAGUCUCACCUUCGAACCUCCGAGAAGUGAUCCAACCCUGUGGGGAAUUGGCAUCCCUGAUCGAUCUGCAGCCGAGCUCUACAUACCGGAUCCAUAUCCAUCACUGGCAAACCAUCUGGUCAACAAUAGUCACACAAACAAGUUUAGACAUUAUGGCUUGUGGGAUCGGUAUGCUGAUUUAUACCCUGACCAUGAUCUCAUCUACAACGUUGGUACUGACAAUCACCGUGACGAUUGGUUGUUCGCUCAUGUGACAAGGAACAUCGGAAAUGAUAUGUAUACGGGAACCACAUGGCAAAUUUUAUUUCAACUUCAAAAUGUAAUGAACACCGGAGAUUAUACACUCCAGUUGGCAUUGGCCUCAGCAAACGGUGCAGAACUGCAGGUUCGAUUGAACGACCAGAGCCCCAACGACCGACAUCAUUUUACAACUAGGCUAAUAAUAGGGAAGGACAAUGCUAUUGCAAGGCAUGGAAUUCAUGGUUUGUACCAGCUGUUCAGUGUUGUUGUGCCAAGCUUUCGACUACGAGAAGGAAACAACACUAUCUAUCUUACUCAGUCCAGAAGUGCAAAUGGCCCUUUCUCAGGUAUCAUGUACGACUAUAUCCGACUAGAAGGAUCUCCUCCGAAGUGAUCGUAUAGGUUGGAAAAGUUAGCUAAUUAAGUUUUGCAAUUUGAUUUACUUUUUAAGUUAGGGUAUUUUUAGUAUUUGAUAUUUAUAG